CAGUUGUCUUUAAAGCUACACACCUGCUCUGCAAUGCUCUGCCUGCAAUGUUUGAGGCACUCCCAAUUCCUGCAAAUGCUAAGGGAACGACUCGCAGCUGGGCCCACUCAAAAUGAGCCCAGGCCCAGCUGUGUGGAAGAGAAGGCUCACUAGGUAGAAGUUCUCUCAUACCUUUUUCAUUUGCGAGGGUUUCAUCUGCAGGCAGGAGCUUGGAAGAGACUCAACUCAUCAGCCUAGAUCACUGGCAUUCCUUCUCAUCUUGUACACUGCAACAGUAUUUUUUGUAAAGAGGGCCAUGGAAGAAGACAAACCCUCAAGUCCUUCAUCUGGAGUUGGAUUGGACAGGAUGGAAGAAUUCCCCCCAGCAGAUGAUAUGCUGGAGUGGAAGACUGAGGGAGAAGGAAUGGAGGUUGAAGUGGAAGGAGAGAUCUUGCGUGAUCAGGAUGGAGCAAGGGAGAAACUGGGAAAUGAGAGGGUUCAGUGUGUAUCUGAUCUGAAAGGAAUCUUCAUUGAACGAGAAGAUCCAGACAAGGGGAGACAUAGUGCUCAUCUGAGAAUCUGUGGGGAAGGGAAGCAAUUUCAAAGCUCAAAACUUGGAAAAAGUGGCAGUCGCAGCAGAGAGACUUCUGAAUUGCCAUCACUCAGGACAAACGAGAAACAAUAUAAAUGUUCGGAGUGUGGGAAGGGUUUCUAUCGGAUUGCAAGCCUAAGCUUACACAAGACCUUUCACGUGCCCUACAAAUGCAAUGAAUGCGGAAAGUGCUUCCAUCACAAAUCAAACCUGGGAUUGCACGAAAAAGUUCACCAGGCAAUGAGGUCCACGGACUGCGGGAAGAAACCUCACAGAACCCCAGACAACUCGCGACAAAACCAAAGAAUGUAAAUGUUUGUUGUGUGCAAGAAUAGCAGGUCUCCCACUAGGCCUUGAGCUGCGUGGACCAUUCCAUACAAUGGAGAGACCCUGCCAAUGUCUAAACUGUGAUGAAAGCUUUGAGGCUGAAUCGAGGUUUCAUGAUCGUGAGAAUACCCACAGGAGGAGAACCACAUAAGCCACAUGGAAGGUGGUAAGGCUCCAAGAACAUGGUGGACCUUGAAGGAUCUAACACCGACCAAAGGAGAUCUGUUGUUGUUUAUCUUAGGAAGGUGAUUGCAUGAAGGACGUGGGAAAACAUUUCACUGACUUCUUGAUGCAGAGCUCACUGUCCUCUUUCAGUUGCAUAGCUUUAAUUGCUUAGUUCUGAGUGACCGAUUUGUGAAAAUUGUCUUUGGGAGAAGCUAGAUAGCUGAGGACAGCCAUCUUCCCCCUCCCUGGGAGGAGACACCAGGAUGUUCCUGCCACAAAAUAAGCAUCUAAAUCAAGUGUGGGGGAACAGCUAGCCCUUCAGAGUUGCUGAACUACAACUGCCACCACCCCUGGCCCAUGGCUCAUGCUUGCUGAGGCUGAUGGGAGUUGUAGUUCAGCAAUGUCUGGAGCACCUAAUGUUCUGUGCACCUGAUCUAAAUGCUCAGAUAAUCAUGAAGAGUCU